AACGGACCAGGACCCGAAACCGUGGAGCAGCAACAGUGGCAGCAGCAGACAAUCAAUGAGAAUAAUGACAUCGACAGAGGUAAACGGAGGCGGUGGCACGCCCACGGCCACACGCGGCGGAAACGUGUCCGUGACGACGAUCAACUGUGACGAUGGUGGUACGGGCGGCACAACGUUGGACGUUAGCAGCGGCGGUGUAGUGGCCGCGAUCAAGCACAACAAUAACAACAACAGCAUCAGUAAUAACAACAACAACACGACUAGUAGUAAUAGUGUGAAUAAUAACACUAGCACUACUACUACCACGAGCAGCAGCACUGGUGGUAGCCCUGGUGGCAUCUUUGGAAACGUGAGCGGUGGAAUACGCAUCACCGUGCCGAAGAUGGAAGAGUCGGACGAGUCCGAUACGGAGCUGUCGAACAUCGAGAAGACGGCGGCAGCAGCACUGACGAACGGGGUGAAUAUGCGCGAGGAACGCAGCGCCAGUAAGAGCCUUCCCCGACCGAUGUCCUGGGAGGGCGAACUUUCGGAGCCGGAGGAACCGAUGCUGGUGGACAAUGAGAAUUCUAGCUCCAGCUCGACUGGUGGCAGUAACAAGCACGGGAUAGCACCGAUCGAUCCUUCCCCGAUCGCGAUGAUUGUACCGAAGCGUGAGGAAGAUCUGGACAACGAUGUACCUACAUCCGGGCCGGGUAUUACGGAACCGCUGGCACUUACCGCUUCCAGUAGUAGUAGCAGCAGUAGCAGUAGUACCGGCGGAUAUAACCUUUCCUCCCAUGGAAGUAGUCAGAGUGGUGGUACGAUUCGGAAUCCUCACAGUAGCAGCAAUACCGGUAGUAGUAGCUCCAGUAACUCCCCAUUGCCGAAUCGGCUUAUGAUCAAACCGGAAGCGGGGCUUCCACUGAUCAACCCCGGGCUAGCGUAUAACGUGUCCGGUUUCGGGAACUCCUCCAACAUUCCAACGUCUUCAGCGGCAGGUACGUCGUCAUCCGGUGGGCUGAAGAAGGCCGGACUUCCGGAUGUGAUAAAUCUUAAGUACGAGCUACCCCCCGGUGGUGAUCCAAGCGGUGGUAGUGCAUUGCCACCGAGUGCGAUCCACUCACCGUUGUUGGUCCGGUCGAAGACGACACUGCUGCCCGCGAAUCCCAGUCCCGACUCAGCCAUCCACUCGGUGUACACGCACAGUUCGCCAAGCCAAUCGCCACUCACAUCCCGCCAUGCACCGUACACGCCAUCGCUCAGCCGGAACAACAGUGAUGCGUCCCACAGUAGCUGCUACUCGUACAGUUCGGAGUUUAGUCCGACCCAUUCACCGAUCCAGGGUCGGCACAAUAUCUUUGCCGGUGGAGGUGGUGGUGGUGGAGGUGGCGGUGGAGGAGGAGGUAGUGCAUCCUUCAAUGGAUCGCCGUUGCAUCACUCAGUAUUAUACAAACCGAUGCUGGAUAGCGAGCAGCAGCAACAACAAGCCCUGAAGCAGCUGGCUGCAGCGGCGGCGGCAGCGGCCCAAGAAGAACCGCUGUACGAUGGGGAACAUUUACCUUCGCCCGGGAUAUCUCGGCAGCAGCUUAUCAACAGUCCAUGUCCGAUCUGUGGCGAUAAGAUAUCCGGCUUCCAUUAUGGCAUUUUCUCGUGUGAGUCGUGCAAGGGCUUCUUCAAGCGUACGGUCCAGAACCGUAAGAACUACGUGUGCCUUAGGGGGGCGGCCUGUCCGGUGACGAUAGCGACACGCAAAAAGUGUCCCGCCUGCCGGUUCGAGAAGUGCCUUCAGAAGGGGAUGAAGUUGGAAGCUAUACGGGAGGAUCGAACACGUGGAGGACGCUCAACGUACCAGUGCUCGUACACCUUGCCGGGACCGUUGGUAAACGCGGGCGGUGGAAUGCAAGCAGGUGACUCACCAGGAGCGGGAUCAUUCCAGUACGGUGGUACGGUACGAUCACCGUACGUUGGAGGAGGUUCUGGUCUUGGUGGUGUUGGAGGACAACAGAUGAAGAUGGAACCACCGGACGGUGGUAUGAUGAUGGUUGGAUCGGGAUCCAUCGGUGGUGGAGGUAUGAAUGGAAUAGGCAAUGGACCCGGUUCUGAAGGUGGUAGUAGCUCCAGUGGAGCUAAUCACAUGCAACCAGGCAUUCCAGUUCUGUUACAGGAAAUUAUGGACGUUGAGCCACUGUGGCAGUAUAAUGCACAGGAGCUUGCCCGACUCAACCAACCUCCAACGAACGUAAGCAGCACAACGAUCGCCAACAAUCCGAUCCUGUCGAGUGCAGGGAUCUCGUCCGAUAGUAGUCCCGAUCUGAUCGCUAACCUCUGUAACAUUGCCGACCACCGACUGUACAAGAUCGUCAAGUGGUGCAAAAGUCUACCACUCUUCAAGCACAUUUCCAUCGACGAUCAGAUCUGUCUCUUAAUAAACUCUUGGUGUGAGCUGUUACUGUUUUCGUGCUGCUACCGUUCAAUCUCGACACCGGGCGAGAUUAAGAUUUCCCAGGGCAAAUCGAUCACGUUGGAUCAGGUGAAGAAUAGUGGUUUGCAGACGUGUAUUGAGCGAAUGUUAAAUCUAACCGACCAUCUGCGACGAUUGCGCGUCGAUCGGUACGAGUACGUGGCGAUGAAGGUGAUCGUAUUGCUCUCUUCGGACACAUCCGAACUGAAGGAAUCGGAAAAGGUGCGGACGAGCCAGGAAAAGGCGCUCCAAGCGUUGCAAGCCUACACACUGGCCCACUAUCCCAAAUCGCCUGCCAAGUUUGGGGAGUUGCUGCUGCGUAUUCCCGAGCUACAGCGCACCUGUCAGGUCGGCAAGGAAAUGCUCACAAUCAAGCCGAAAGAUGGCGAAGAGCCAUCGUUUAACCUGCUAAUGGAACUGCUCCGUGGCGAGCACUGAGCACAAGACUU